CAUAUUGAAUGUGUCAGGUCCGUGACUUCAAUCCCGUCCUGCCUCUCGCUCCGGCCGCUCUGUACGCUAAGGGCACUCCCAGAGUGAAUAACCGAACAGAGCGCCACACUCUUGAGUUUCCGAACGUUCCGGAGUGCUUGGAGUGAAUUUUCGAACGUACCCCACAUAACGCUGUCUUCCCGAAGGAAGACGUCAUUAGAAGGCGACAAUGUUCGUACGUUCAACGCUUGGCCGGAGAAAUUAAAAGGAGCCGGUCAGUUCCCUCCGAAAGAGUUGCAUCAGUUCCGAAGUUGUUGUCUCACUUUCGAAGCACAUCGGACGCGGCACUUGGAGGACGCUCUUCCGACGUGGCGGGAGCACGUGGCCUUUUGUUUUGCUGACUGUUCGAACAACAUGGCGGAGUAAGAAUCAAUUCAAAGGUGAAGCUGACCAUGGAAACAACCACGAACACGAGCGGAGACGUCGGGCCGGGUCGUGGGGCGAAGGCCUCCGUGCCCGUCAGCCCACCGGUGCGCCUGCUGCAGGGGGAGGAUGCAACCGGACCGCAGAUGUCCCUCAGCCGUGUCCCGCACACGCUCAUGUACCUGUCACUAAAGAUGGAGGCCAUGUCACCACACAAAGAGGUCCAUCUGGAGGAGGAGAUCUUGUACCAGUACCCGGCGUCAGACGCCUCCGCCGGGCUCAAAGGCGUGAGAGGAAUCUACUUGACGCUGUGCGACAUGCUGGAAAACGUCACCGGAGGCCACGUUGUCAGUUCAACGCUCCUGCUGAACAAGCAUCUGGUGCAUGUGGGCUACUGGAAGGAAGGUGACGCCCUGCUGGUCGUUGGGCUUCCCGCCGAGAGGUACACGUGGCCGCUGCGAGAGGGUUCCUGGUCAUCUCUGAAGACGCUUUGCUGUCAAAUUUCCUCCCAGGGUGCCUUUGCUGUGCCUGCGGUCACUGCCGUGAGUUUUAUCGGUGUGCCCCCGCGCAGGGCUUUCUGCGGGACAGAGCGAGCGCCGGAGCUGGACCGGUUCUUCGGCUUGUUCUUCCGGCAGCUCAUCCGGCCACCCCGCCUCGGAGACGGGUCCUCGGCGCCGCCCCCUGACAUCUCCGGGAGCGUCCUCCUCAACAGGCUGCCGGCUGUGCGGUGGCUCCCGCUGCCUGCGAAAGUCAAAACGGACCUGGACUCUGUCCUCAAUGACUUUGAGGCCUCUGAUUUUGGAGAAAUGUCGGAGGACUUCUUCGGCGUGAGGCGUCUCUACGGAAUCCUCGGCUCUUGUCUCUUCUACAAGUCCUACCUGAUCGCCAACCAUCUUCCCAAAGAGGAGCUGCUGGACAUUUGUCUGUACGUGCGGCAUUACUGCCUGCUGCCCACGGCGCCCCCCCGGCGGGUUGGCCCGCUGGUCAUCUGGCGGGAGGUCUUUCCCCCGGGACCUCUUCGAGGACGUCGCUUCCUCCUCAUUGUGGGCCGGCAUGGGAGACAUUUCCAAUGUGUGUGUCCUGUCCUGUCCUGUCCUGUCCUGUCCUGUCAGCGGUGCUGGAUGCAGUGUGUGCUGCUGGAGGUUGGAGGGUGCGUGUCACAUUGUUCUGCAUCUCCAGGACCUGACUGCGUUUACGUGGAUCAGGUCAAUGCCACAUUGUUACGAUUGGAAAUCGCGGAGGAGGCCAUCGAGGAACGUCUGAGCGCCCCCGCCGCUCCACACCUGUUUUGUGCUGACUUGUUCCUGCAAGCUGGCAUUGCCCAGGCCCGCCUCGACGGCCUGGCGCUAGGCAACAGCUUGUUUGGCGAGAAGGCCCGAGACUGCGGGGUUGAGGGACACGUGGACAUCGGGUCAGGUUCUUCAGCAAGGAUCCCAGGUGGACGUCAGGACUCGCUUGAUGCGAGUGGAGGCAUCUUCAAGGUCCAGCGGAGGAAGCACUCGAACCCGUUGAUGAAGACUCUGAGUGGGAGAGACACGGGCGAAAUAUGGAGCGCCGGCGCCGAGAACGCCGUGUUCCACUACGUGCUCAUGGAAACGGUCCAGGGAAUCUUUAUCGCGCCCACGCAAACCGAGGAGGCUCAGCUCGGCGGAUCCAUUCAUCCGUUGCUCAUCCGCAACUUUUACCGCUGCUGCCUGUCCAUCCGGGCGGUAUUGAAAGAGAACUCGCCGCUGCGAGUAGGGCCAGCGAGCGCCAGACGGGCCUCAGGGUUCGGGCCCAGUCAAAGAGCACGGAGUCCUGUUCCAGUGCGUCCUCGAAAACUGGGCAGACCAGCGGAAACCUGCUCCCACCCUGACGUACUGGGUCAUAGGGUAAACCCUCUCCAGGUUUGGAGGGCGAAGAAGUCCGCAGCGGAGCUCACUUUUGGAUCUUCUGCUUUGUUCUUUCCCUCCUCCAGGCGAUUGUUGCUGGAGCCCGUCCCUCAAGAGUUCUACGUGUGUUUCCACAACUCGGUGCCAGAGUUUCCUGUGGAGAUGGCCUUCAGACUGUCCUUUGGUUUGGCCACUUGAUUCAGUGACUCACCGGAAAGUCAAAUCUCCUCACCUUUGCUGAACUCCACCGCUUCAAGGCGACCUCAGAAGCCGCCUCCUUUGGAACACAGGAAAAGAGAGCGCUCCUUCAAAUGAAUCCCACUCCACUUUUUCAACCGUCUCUAAGCGUGAAACUACUAUUUCUCAAAGAGGGACGAUGAAAAGCGCUGCGUCCGUUCAUGUGUUCUUAGCAUAUUUAUUUGAACCGGGUCGUCUUCCUUGAAUAGGAAAGUUUUUUUUUUUUUGCAAACUUGAGAUAAAAGUGUUGUAUUGUGGCAGUGACCAAGACUCCCCAAAAAUUUGAAACGAGCAAA